GCAGCUGCGCGCUAUUUAAGGCGUCCUGCGGGAGGCGCGGUUCUGCAGGAUUCCCGCAGGCGCAGCCUCUGCCACGGUCGUCCCUUCUACCUGGGCCAGCCGGGCAAGCAGGCGAGAGAGGCCCUGGAAACAUGGGCGACUGGGGCUUCCUGGAGAAGCUGCUAGACCAGGUCCAGGAACACUCGACCGUGGUGGGCAAGAUCUGGUUAACGGUGCUCUUCAUCUUCCGCAUCCUCAUCCUGGGCCUGGCUGGCGAGUCAGUGUGGGGUGACGAGCAGUCUGAUUUUGAGUGUAACACAGCCCAGCCAGGCUGCACCAACGUCUGCUAUGACCAGGCUUUCCCUAUCUCCCACGUCCGAUACUGGGUACUGCAGUUCCUCUUCGUCAGCACACCCACCCUGAUCUACCUGGGUCACGUCAUCUACCUGUCUCGGCGGGAAGAGCGAUUGCGGCAGAAAGAGGGAGAGCUUCGGGCGCUGCCAUCCAAGGACCUACAAGUAGAGCGGGCCCUGGCUGCCAUCGAACAUCAGAUGGCCAAGAUCUCUGUGGCAGAGGAUGGUCGUCUUCGGAUUCGAGGGGCGCUCAUGGGUACCUAUGUGGUCAGUGUGCUGUGCAAGAGUGUGCUGGAGGCAGGCUUCCUCUAUGGCCAGUGGCGCCUCUACGGCUGGACCAUGGAGCCGGUGUUUGUGUGCCAGCGUGCGCCCUGCCCCCACGUUGUGGACUGCUACGUCUCUCGACCCACAGAGAAGACUAUCUUUAUCAUCUUCAUGCUGGUGGUAGGUGUCAUCUCCUUGGUGCUCAACCUGCUGGAACUGGUACACCUGCUGUGUCGGUGUGUCAGUCGGGAGAUAAAGGCACGAAGGGACCACGACACCCGCCCAGCCCAGGGCAGUGCCUCAGACCCUUACCCCGAACAGGUUUUCUUCUACCUCCCCAUGGGCGAGGGACCCUCGUCCCCACCAUGUCCCACCUACAAUGGGCUCUCAUCCACUGAGCAAAACUGGGCCAACUUGACCACAGAGGAGAGACUGACCUCUUCCAGGCCUCCCCCAUUUGCAAACGCAGCCUCCCAGGGUGGCCGAAAGUCCCCUAGCCGCCCCAACAGCUCUGCAUCCAAGAAGCAGUAUGUGUAGGGAUCUGGGGCUAAUGUCCUGGGGGAGUGUGUGUACCUUGGAUGCCUCUUGGGCGGCUCACUCCUCAAAGGUACCUCAGAGACAACUGGGCCAGGGAGGUGGACAUUCGCUGGGCAGAGGACCUGAUCACAGACGGUUCUGGAAUACCUGGAGCCUUUGUGAUGACCAAAGGACACUGGCUUCUACUCAGACUCGGUCACAGCAGGUGGGGAUGCUCUUGGCUAAGUGUGCUGUGAGCCCUCUGAUCCGUUUCACCUGAUGCAGAGGGACCCAGAGCCAAGUUGACUUUCCAGCCUCCCCUGUCUAUCACACGACUCACGGAACCCUGGGUUUUCAUCACACCCCACUUCUCCCGGGGAAAGGCAUUGAUGCAGGCUGCUGGCUCAGCUUCAUCACCUAGACAGACACAGCCUGCACUGGAUCUGGCCCUUUCCAGGGGGAUCCAGUUGGUGUCUUGUUUCUCUUGCUCCUAGUUCCACUGUUUAUGAUCCUCAAAUAAACAGGACUCCAUCAUAA